CUACCACUGUACACAAAUGAGUUUGUAAACACGGUAGUCCAUAUGCACACACGUACACACAAGAUCGGCAAGUCAAAACCCAGCCCAUAUCAUCAGCUGUACUACGGUCAGAUCACAAGUCAACAGCAACAUAGAUAUUGAAUUUUUGCUCAUUUGAUUAAAAAAACAAACAAAAUGUCAAGAAGCGCAGGAACUCUUCAAACUACUCAUCAGGCAACAUACAUCCCUCCCCGAUUGAUGCCAGGAUACAAAGGACAUUGCCCUACUAUGAAGUUCGAUUACGGGGAGACAUACGGAAAUGCCACUGCCAAAUGCCUUCAAGACUAUCGCUCCACAACCCUGAACGACAGCAAGACCAACUACGCCAAUGGAGGCCAGUUCCCGACGGUCUACACUCAUAACCCAGACCAAGUGAUUGGAGCUAGGGACAGGACCAGGGAGAGGUGGAGGACAGAACCAAAAUACUCUCUCAGCAAUGUAAAUCAUGACAGGAAAGAAGAAAUCAACAAAUUUGAUAAGCUUGCUCAGGAACAGAGGGAACACUACAAGGACAGAACGGGUACCGUCGGCCGUGUGAACGAGUUCUUGAUUCCGCGGUCAGCGCAGGAGAUGUAUCAUCAGGACAGCGCAUUAAUCGAUGACCAUGUGGAUAUGCGAGAGGAGGCCUCGACGAGCACGACGAGGAAUGUACCGGUCCAUCGGAUGGCCAUCCCACCCAUCCAGACAUUCAGCAAAUCAUCAACGGUCCGUGAUCGAGCAAUGCGUGAUGUGUUCUUCGAACACCGCUAAAAGAUGCUGCCCAUUACGUACUUUUUUGUAUUUUUUUCAGAAGCAUGUAUAUGCAUGGCAUUAUGUACAUAGGACCGGAAGAAUAUCUAGCCGUCGUGAAAUUAAGUGUGGCAGAUAUAAGGAAAUGAUUAACAAAGUCACAUAGUAUUGCAUGGACCUGUUUGAAUUUUCAUAAAAAGUUUAUUGCCAGAAACAACUUAUGUUUUUAUUGAAACUUUUUUUUCCUUGUCUUAUCAGGGUAGGAGGCGUUUGGAAUGCCUUCCAAAUUAAAUUUUGAGUGUAGGCAUAUUUCAAAAUUUAUAUUAAAAACAAAAUGCUGUAAAAUCUUUGACAUUCUCACAGGCCUAAUUCAUUUCCCAUAG